CCGCCGCCGAGGUUAGGUGUGGGAAUGGCGAACCGCCGCUUGAACCCGGCUAGCCUCCUCCGGCGGCAGAGGAGCCGGCGCCGGCGCCGAAAAGCGGGUUUGCAGUAUCCGCCUGCCCCGCCGGCGAAGAAGGCCCACGGGGGGCCCGACGCCCUGCAGCGCUACGCCCGCGGCCUCCUCUCCGCGCAGCCAUCGCAACCGCCGCCGACGGACGAAGAAGCUACGGCAAUGGGAGAGAUGCUGACGGCCGUCGAGGCCAAGGAAGGCAGAGCCUUUCUGCUCCUGCCUCAAGGCCAGGCACUGACAUUCACUGGCAAGUGUUCCCUGACGUGCCUGUAUGGCUCUGUACGGGUGUUUGGGUUCAACAUCGUUCCAGAUCAGCCCCCGUAUCAACUCUUCUCCCCCUACUCCCAUUGUGCUCUCACCAUUGAAGCAGUGGCUUAUAAGGAGCCAGAAAAAUCUGGGAAGGAAAUGAAAGUAGAGGCAAAGUCCAUCCUCCGAGCACACCUUGUGCCCCGAGAUGCAAGAUGCAAACUGAUGAAAGACUUCAUUCCUCAGUGUUCCAUAAUUUUGUUGGAGCGUCUGGAUACUCCAGCGACUAGGUUCAUUCACAGCUACUCCAAUUUCUCCCACAUAUUCAUAGCAAAGAGACAGAAGGCUCCCAGUUUCACUCCAGAGGAUACAGUGCUCGCUUCUGUUGGUGCUGGGAAGCAAGACCCCAAGAGUGGCCUGCUGAUGUCGGAAAGCACAUUGUCAGCAGUUGAAGUGCUAGUCCAAGCGUGCCAAGAUGAGGAUGAAGGCUGCCCUAUAGUCUUGGUUUGUGGCCCCAAAAGUGUUGGCAAGUCAACUUUUAACAGAUACCUGAUUAAUAUUUUGCUCAACAGCCUUCCCUGCAUUGAAUUCUUGGACUGUGAUCUGGGGCAGCCAGAGUUCACGCCUCCUGGGUGCGUUUCCCUAACUAACGUAACAGAGCCGCUUCUGGGUCCACCGUUCACUCACCAGCGUACACCUCGCAAAAUGGUUUACUUUGGGGCAACCAGUUGUGAGCAGGACACUGAAAGAUACAUUGACACGCUGAAAUACGUGUUCAGUGCCUGCGAGAGAGACGUUCCUCUGGUCAUCAACACAAUGGGAUGGGUGAAAGGUGCCGGAUUGCUCCUUUUGAUUGACAUAAUUCGGCUGCUGGCGCCUAGUCACAUCAUUCAGAUUAGUGCGGAAGACUUCAGGGACAUGCCUCAGCUAUCCCCAGAGUAUAUCCAUUGCACUGCUGGCCUGCACACAAGAGGCAAAGCACUCCUCCGGCGCAAGAGCCUGAAUGAGAUGGAGGAUUCAGGGCAGCAGGGCUUGGCCCAAGCAGGCUUCCACCCUCCACAUCCUGGCCAUCAGCUGCUGUGUGUCCAGCCAGAGUUCCCAGGAGCAGGGAACGCUGGCACUGGACGCACCCACAGCAGUGUCCUACGAGACAUGGCAAUCUUGGCGUACUUAGGCCAGUUGCAGCCCUCAGACGUGGAAUCUGUGUUUCCUUUACACAGCCUGAUACCCUAUCAGGUACCUUUCAAUGCCGUCGCCCUCAGAGUCAUACACACAGAUGUCGCUCCUGCCCACAUCUUGUAUUCUGUCAAUGCCAGCUGGGUUGGCCUCUGCCAAGUGCCAGAUCAGGUGCCGUGUAACGCAGACGGGCCAGUCUUGUUGACGCACACCCCCAUCUGCAAUUGCCUGGGCUUUGGAAUUGUCCGAGGGGUGGACACAGACAAGAAGCUGUACCACAUUCUGACACCAGUAGCGCCACAGAACUUGCGAUUUGUGAAUUGCUUACUGAUUGGAAGUAUCCCUAUUCCUAAUUGCAUCUUCCUGAACCAAGUGGGGAUUGAAGGGGAGAUACCCUAUGUCACGUCGGAGUAUAGCUAUGACAUUUCAGGUGCUGGGAAAUUGAAAUUGAAAAAGCAUCUCAAGAGGAGAGAACAUAUGCAGCCAUGAACUCCAAUCUAAAUCCUCCUCUGCAGGAACUGAUCAGCUCAGGAGACAUGGCAUGUUCUCAAGGGACCUUCCACAGGAGACCAGUUACAAUUUUCACAGCUGAGAGUGUCAUGCUGAUCCACUAUCAUGUUUUAUUCAUUUGUGUGUUUUCUUUGCAUCCUGAAAAAAUUAAACUUUUGAUAUAAAUUGCC